AUAUGGGAUUAAAAUACUGUCUAUAGUACUCAAACUUCUAUGCUCCAAUGUAAAUUUUCCACAAAGAAAACUUGGACGGAUAAAAUGAGACUUUACUAUAUUAAACCGUGGUAUCUAGACAAACGUUCGAUAGUUUAGCAUUAAUACUUCAACUGGAUGCCUUAUUUGUAGCUUUUUAAACGCAUUUUGCAUGUUUUACAUAAUAUGUUUACUUUUCUGGGAAAUCACGACAAAACUAUCGAAUAUGUGAAAGAAUUUAGUAAUGGAGAUCUUUAGGUACGCCUCGCUCUCAACCGAGUUAUCACUGCGGGCUAAGUCCACGGCUGUUUCCAUGGUGACGCAGUUAGCAUUUACCACAGCAGCUUAGCAUCACCGCUCAGGGAUAGCUGGGUCUAGCCUUCCACCAGGCAGACUGUUUUAUUGCGUUAUUUACUGAAGGAUGAUGUCCACCGUAGCUGUUGAAGAAGCAGCUCCGCCAUGAUGCCUUUCCAGGUAAACCCUUCACUACCCACCGCCAAGGUUUUCAUAUCCGGGGGGAGCUUUAGCUGCGGCCUGGCGGAUGCUCCGGGAUUCUCUGCUUACCGGACCUACGGGAUGGGAGCCGGAGGAGAGCGAGCUGCUUUAAGGCGCAGUCAGAUGAGAAAAUUUCCUUUCAUGUAUCCGCUGAACAAUUCCAGGAACGACAAAACCUUCCUGAGCAGCUUCAUAGUUAAAGGAGCACCAGAGCUGAUGGAGGAGAAGCUGGAGUCAGAGGGCAUCCACCAGAGGAGCGACCCGUUUGGGAAGCUCUUCCUGUUUGAUAAAGCAUGUACCGGUUCCACGUUAGAGGGGAACAGAACCAUGUUCCCUCCGCUGCCAAGAUACUUCCAUGGUCACAGAUCUGCUAACCUGCAUCCCUUCAAAGUCUCCAAGGAGCUUUCCCACAGCCAUGCAGGACGACCUUUCACCCUGAGUUACCCUAGAAGAGACGAGGCGAACUCCAGUCCAAACAUCUUACCCUCUGCUCUGGUCGUUAAUGGCAGGAACACAUUCCCUUUAGAGAAAUGCAAGCUCACCAGGCCCAAGGUGCAUUACCCAGCCUACCACCCAAUGACUGUUAAAGACAAUCAAAAAUGCCCGUCCUAUCCAGACCCAAUGAGGGGAGCCCCCCGUGCUUACAUCCAGCGGGUAUCCGAGCUUUCCUCUCUGCAGGGCGAGACGACGAGGCAAGAGACUCUCAAGAGAAUGAAAAAGUCACGAAGACCCCCUUCCUGACAAUCACCUCCUUCCGAGUCGCAGCGCUCCAGGAUAAAAACGGCUGAAUCUGUGCCAACGGCCGAAGAAAAUAAAGCAUUUAGGGAUCCAUAUUCAUUUCCGUUUCUUGUUCUGACUGCGUGUUUGUCCUCGGCGAUAUUACUGGGCUGCUUAACAUGGCUGAUCUUCACAUUGUGGGACUCCUGACUCUUCUUCAGCGAUGAACUAUUGAAUCUAGCAUUUCUGACGAUUACGCUGAGAAAAACACUUCUAGUCUGACACGUUUGUCAGUAGUUGUCUCCUCAACACCUGCAUGAAGACGAGUUUUAUUUAUUCUUCUAAAAGCUGGUGAAGACGGUUAGCUAAGACGUAUGUCUGUGAAGGUUCUCAGUCAUCCAGGUCAUUGUAGUCUAAGGAGCUUUGAAAGAAAAGCAUCUGGGCUUCUUGACGUUCGCUAAGACGUUUCUGCUCAGAAGGCUGUUGCUGCUGUUCAGCUUGAAUGACAACAGUGUUGGACACAUCAAACAUUUAAAGUUAAAUAUUUAUGUAUAUAGUUUAGCCAAACUCUUAUUGUGCCUUGUUAAAUGUCUUCCUGAAACUAAAUAAAUUAAUAAUUUUUUUUA